CAACAACUGGUCACACUCGAUGAACACAUUUGGGUUAUCAAUUGCUUGAAAACAUUGCAUUUAAUAUUAUUUAUUAAAAUGCUGAAGCUUUUACAUCAAACUAUUCAACAGACGCGUGCACUUUCAUCGGCUACUGCAGCAGUUACGCGACUACAUCGUUCAGUCUACUGUCGCGUUUAUCCCACAGUUGUUGUGCACCCUGAUGGAUCCACAAUUAACAUUCGAUAUCACGAACCCCGCAAAAUAAUCAAAUUGCCAUUGGAUUUAAGUACGUUGUCUGAAUCGGAGCGUAAGUCACGUUUAGAGGCUCGAAAGCCGCGCAAAAAGGUCAAGAUUAUGGAUGAAGUGGAAGACAACUUUAAUGCGAGAAAAUACAUGAAAUAUAUUAAAAAUAAAAAAUAGCCUAUCGCAUGAAUA